AUGGCUUACCACCACAGCUUAAUCUUCGGCCUUGGCGGGAUUCCGUUGAUGAAAUCGUCAACGGUCACAAACGCCGUCAACGACAAAGAGAACAAACCAGGCGGGUUACCAGAACCAGUUCUCGAGCUCGCGAAAAGAGUGUACUAUAACACCAUUCCCGCAUCGCUUAGCUUGACCGGCGGCGGAACCAUCGGCCGGAGCGGCACCGGAACGAUCGGUAGACGGAAGAAGACCAAGAAAGACCAGCUGGGGUUUCCGCCGACGAAACCUAAUCGAUGCGUCGAAGAAGCCAAGUUCCUGUCGAUUGAGGCUGCUGCCGUCAUGCGGAAGCUGCUGUGGCUGUGGUCCACGAUCAGCCCUGAACAGAUCGAACGGCUGCGGACGAGUCUCCAGGAGGACAAGGCUGUGCUCACGUACGUCUGCCCAGACCCCGCGCACCUGUGGACCCUAGCAGGCUUGGAGCUCAUGAGCUUGGAGCUGAUGGAGGUCUUAGAGAGGAUGGGCGAGCGCGUGGCGGCGAUGGGGCUCAAGUGCGGGGAUAGGCGACUGCACCAGCUGGCGAACGUGUUUGGGGAGAUGCGGCACCCCGAAACCGUCUUCUCCCACUUCAGACUCGACGCGCACGAGCAGGAGACGCUCUUCUGCUUCAUGCAGGAGGAGGUGGAGAAGCUGGGGGACGUGCGCAGUUCCAUGGAGCGACUCAACACUCUGCGCUCGUUGCUCAGGAAGAAGAAGCCUGCACCGGCCACAAGUCUUCUGUCUGAGCUGCAGGCCGCCUCAGCUGACGCCCUGGGCGAUGGCGAGGGCAAGGAGGAGUCAGAGAAGGAGGGAGACUCGUCCGCGUGGAUGCCUCGCUGCGACCUGCCAGGAGCAGAGGAGAUUCUCAAACUGACAGCAACGAUAUCAGAGCUGCAGAGCCGGUGCCUGUGGUCUGUUGAGCUGGACCAUGUUGUGCGGCUGUUGGUGCUGGCGAUCAUCCUCCUGAGGGACAGAAUCAUAUCAGUCUUUGCCAUCAACGCGCGCUCCUCCGACGCCUUGACUCGCGAGGGCUCCCUGGGCCGCGCUGGGCUGGCGCUGCGCUACGCCAAGGUCAUUAAUCUAGCAGAGAAGCUCAUGAAGUACCCGUUCAUGGCUGCUGGCAGCACACGAGACGAGCUGGACGAGCUGUACGGCCUCCUGACCUACAGCACCAAGAAGGACCUCGCCCUGCGGCUAUCCCAUCCCAGCUUUAGCGUCGCUGCUUGUUUCCCCUCUUGCAUUUCUUACUCUUGUGUCUCCCCAUCCAGAGACGAGCUGUACGGCCUCCUGACUUACAGCACCAAGAAGGACCUCGCCCUGCGGCUCUCCCGGCCUGUGACCUCCUCCAAGAGCAAAGAACCCAAGGCAGAAGAAACCGCCGACACGCACACAGGGAAGGGCGCUGGCAAGAAAGGGGAAAAGAAGAAGGAUGGAGAUGAGGAUGAGGAGGAUGACGAUGACGAUGAUGAUGAUGAUGAUGAUGGGUUUACUUGGUUAAAGAAACCUAGUCCGUUCAAUGACCCGCGCGGUCUGGGUGGGAAAGGAGGAGCGGGGAAGGACGGGGAGGAGGAGGACGACGAAGAUAUGGAGGAGUGGGAGAGGCGGAUGCGGAAAGCGUUGAGUCUGCUGCCUCUGCUGGCGCAGCAUACGAUUGCAUGGAAUGAUGCCAUCACUGUGAAGCCGUCGUCGAACCGCAAGGCCACUCGCCUGCUGAGAGUUCAGACGUUGUACCACGCGCAGAAGGCAGUGAUUGAUGCAUCCCUCCUGGACGCCCUGGAAGGGGUAUCCCGCCUCGUUGCCUCCGAUGCCUCCAACCUCACGCAGCUCAACUCCCGCAAGAUGGAGGCCAUGGCUGCUGAGGCCCGGAAAAAGCUCGACAAAACCUCCGCAGAUUCCAAGAAGCCCCGCGCGGUCAUGAUAUCGGGGAUCUUCAAGCCCAAGCGAGCAGCCGCAGGGAUCGUGCACGGCGCGCCGCUGCCUAUGGUGUUUGAGCCGGCGACUGAGGUGGGGAAGGUGACGGAGAAGGGGAAAGCACCGGAGCUGUCGCCGAGGGCUGCUGUGCCUCUGUCUCCCACUGGGGCGUCUGCUGCUGAGCCUGCUGCGAGUUUUCUGGUGAAAUCUGGGUCGGUUUCAGCUCCCAGCCCUCUGAAACCGCGCCCUCCCUCACAGCCGCCCGUGCGCCCCCCUUUCCGUGGCUCUGCUGCUAAUAGCGUAGACUUAACUGGGGGAGGUGACAACCCGAGAUCUCCCAGGGGGUUUGUUCGGGCUGGGGCUGAGGCAACAGGGGGUUCAGCAGGGGCUGGGGGAGAGACGGGGGCUGGGUAUGCGGAUGGGCCGCCUAGAUCGCCCCGUGCUUAUGUGCGUUUUGCUGAUGCUCCUGCUGGUUUGGGCGCAACGCCACUGACAGCAGCCAUGCCAACCGCUCUGUGA